GUAGUUUAUUCAACUGUCAAAAGUUUGAAUCUGUUGACGGUUGUGUUUUCAAACUUAUUAAAAUGGAUUUCACGCAAAGUAUUGAAAUAGUUUUGAAAAGUGAGAAAACCGGUUUAAAAACCACGAUAAUCCCCGUGGUGCAAAAAUUCUUGGAAAAGGGGAAUUAUUCGGCAAAUUCUUUAAUUUCCAAGUUUAAUAGGGAUGAAUUCUCGGUAUUACACGACGAAGUGCAGCAUAUUGUUAUCGGUGACAUCAAAAAUAAGGAUGAAAACAACAUUGAUUUCAUUAAUAAAGUUAAAUAUUACGUAUACACGUUGGAUACUUACGGAGAACUGGAACAAUACUCAGAUGAUAAUGAGUUGCUCUAUGGGAGUCAAUACAUACUCCCAUCGGCGGAGUUAUUUGAUAUAUGGGAGAAUUUAUACUAUGAAAGCAAUAUUAAAGAAAAUUUGCUUAAAUAUGCCCAUACAAUGAUGGAAUUUUCUGAUAAAGGUGUAAACUAUAACAUUGUGACUUGUAAUAGGGUUAUUUUGCUGCAUGGGCCUCCAGGAACAGGAAAAACUUCCUUAUCCAAGGCUCUAGCACAAAAACUGUCAAUUAUUAUGCAAGACAGGUACCCCCAGGGUAUUUUCAUUGAAAUUAAAACUGAUUGUUUAUUUUCAAAGUACUUUUCAGAGAGUGUUAAACUUGUCACCAGAAUGUUCAGAAAGAUACACGAGGUGAUAGAAAACUCCAAUAUGCUUGUCUGUGUUUUAAUUGACGAGGUAGAAUCUCUAGUGCAUGCCCGUGACUUGUGUACAGAUUCCGAUCCCAGCGAUUCAAUAAAAGUAGUUAACGCAGUUUUAACGCAAAUUGAUCAGCUCAAAAAACACCCGAAUGUGCUAAUAUUCUGCACUUCAAAUAUGACUAACACGAUAGAUGUUGCCUUUGUGGACAGGGCGGAUAUAAAACAGUAUUUGGGGUUGCCUAGCAUGAAUGCCACAUACAAAAUCUACCAUUCUUGCUUGGAGGAGUUGAUUAAGGCCCAAGUGAUUUUUUGCGAUAAAAACAUAGAGGAUGUUCAAAAUAUCAACAAAAAUGAAUGUAUGGAUGAGGUGAGCAAAAAACUGUUGGAGAUUUGCAAAAAAAGCGAAGGAUUGAGUGCUAGAUGUUUAAGAAAAAUACCUUUUAUAGCACACGCUUUAUUUGUCUGUAGUAAGUUUGUACAAAUCAACGAUUUUUUGGACGCCAUGGAGAAAGCUAUUGAUAGAGAACACGCGGAAAGAUCUUACUUUUGUAAAAGUUAGUUUUAAAAAUAAAAUUAAGUUAUAAUUUUAAGGAAUAAAUUUUUUAAG